AUGGCGGACAGCGCACGCCCGAUCCCAGGGAACGUGCCGAGGGACGCGCCGGCGGGCGAUGCGGCGGCGGUCCUUGCGCAGAACCGGCGCGUGAGCACGCCGUUCGUGGUAGAAAAGACGCAGCGCGAGGCGGGCAAGGCGUGGGACAAGUUCUACAAAUCGCACCAAGACAAAUUUUUCAAGGACCGGCACUGGACGGACCGCGAGUUUAGCGAGCUGCGUGCGGCGAGCGCCGCGCCCGGCACCGAACUCGACGAAGGGGAGCAGGCGCGCAUGGAGACGCUGCUUGCGUCCGAUGCGCCGGUGCUCCUCGAGGUCGGCUGCGGCGUGGGCAAUACGGUGUACCCCCUGCUCGAGAAAAACGCGGCGCUGCGCGUGCACUGCUGUGACUUUUCCAAGCGCGCGGUGGACCUCGUGCAGGCGCACCCUGACUAUGCGGAGGAGCGUGUGAACGCGUUCGUAUACGACCUCGUCGGCGAGCGCACGAGCGACGCGCUGGCGCAGCACCUCGCGCGCCGCGCGUGGCCGCCGAUCACGACGCUCUCGCUGAUCUUCGUGCUCUCGGCGAUCCCCCCGCACGAGCAUGUCGACGUGCUGCGUGCACUCGUGCGCCACGUCCCGGUCGGCGCGACGAUCGUUUUUCGCGACUAUGCCAGGUGCGACCUCGCGCAGCUGCGUUUCCACACGCGGCGCGACGCGCAGUGGGCCGAGCCGAGCCUGCUGAGCGACGACUACAACUGGUACCGCCGCGGCGACCAGACGAUGGCGUACUUUUUUACGCGCGACGAGGUCCAGGGCAUCGUCGACGCCGUCGGCGGCCUCGAGGGCGAGGCGGAGGAAGUGGUAAAAGUAAGCACGAACCGGCGCACUGGAGCGGUGAUGGACCGCCGUUUCAUUCAGGCGCGGCUGCGCCGCGUCGCCUAA